GUUAACUUUUCUGAUAGUGAAGGUUGAGGUCACUACACACGCCGUCCUUUGCGCGCCCCUUCGUCUUCAGUUAUUGAGAAGUCUUCAUACAGAAACAUGUCUAAGACUAAGUGUUUUCUGGAUGUGAGUGCCGACAAGACAGCUCUUGGAAGAAUAGUAGUUGAGCUGAGGGGUGAUGUUGUUCCUAAAACCGCAGAGAACUUCAGAGCAUUGUGUACUGGAGAAAAAGGCUUUGGAUUCAAGGGCAGUUCGUUCCAUAGAGUCAUUCCAGGUUUCAUGUGCCAGGGAGGCGACUUUACCAACCAUAACGGCACUGGUGGCAAGAGCAUCUAUGGGGAAAAAUUCAAGGAUGAAAACUUUACAUUGAAGCACACUGGGGCUGGUAUUCUGUCUAUGGCAAAUGCUGGACCAAACACAAAUGGCUCACAGUUUUUCUUGUGCACUGCAAAGACUGACUGGCUGGAUGGCAAGCACGUUGUGUUUGGUCAGGUGGUGGAGGGGAUGGACGUGGUGAAGAAGGUUGAGGGCUAUGGCUCCCAGAACGGCAAGACAAAAGAGAAGAUCACCAUCACCAACUGUGGUCAGCUUUGAACACACAUAGAUUCUCUCAACAACCCAUAAUGAAAGUGUUCAACAUUUCAACAAUGACAUUUUCUUGUGUCAGUGCAACAGAUUAAACUUAAUAACUGCAAUUUAAACGUUGUUUGUAUCAACAAAGGAACACUCCUCAUGCUCUUAUUAUUGUUUCUGUGCUUAUUGUAAAUCCUUAUGUAGUUCUAUAUUGUUCAUUGUGAUUCCUGAUCAAAUACUGUUUUGAUCAACAUAGAAAAAGUCCCAAGUUGUCGGAUUUGCCAUUUGAUAUCCAACUUUUUGUAGACCUGAAUGUUCAUAGUGUAAGAACAAACUGUUUGAAAAGGAAAUCUCAGUAAAUCAAGUGAAAUAAAGUUCUUUUGAUAAAA